CACAUAGUGAUGUAUUACAUCAUAUAUCUCAGGGUAUAUAAGCUGUGUUCUUCCUAAUGGAGGUUGAACAAUUCUUCUGCACUGAAGCAGGUUUUUGUUUCCUUGUUGCGAUCUAUUUUUGCAACUUGUAUUUUACUCUUAUUUUCACAGACUACUAGUGGUUGUUUCUGGAUAAGUCCACUGACUAGUCUAGACAAUACAGUGCUGACCAUUUAAUUGCACAGGGUUGGAAAGGGAUUCAUUUUGAAUACAGGAGGCAGUUUCUAGCAUUCCAUUAUACUCAGGUAUAAAUCUGUAUUAGAUAGUAUAGGUUGUAUAGGCAAUAUUGCAGAUACCUGUAUUAUUGAAGAUAGCUUAUUGAGCAGGUAUGGCAGUGAGGUGGUGUUCCUUUGGGUUUGUGUUGUUGGUAGUGUUUGCAUGUUGUUCUGAUGGACAGCGUAACUUGAGGUUUCCUUCAUACAACAACCCCCAACCCCAAAUUACAACCUCUACGCCUAGGCUGCCCCAGUGGCCAGAGCCCCAGUGGCCACAGCAGCAGACUCCCCAGAGGCCAGAGCCCCAGUGGCCACAGCAGCAGACUCCCCAAAGACCAGAGCCCCAGAGGCCACAGCUGCAGACUCACCAGAGAUCAGAGCCCCAGAGGCCACAGCUGCAGACUCACCAGAGAUCAGAGCCCCAGAGGCCACAGCUGCAGACUCCCCAGAGACCAGAGCCCCAAGGGGCACAGCUGCAGACUCCCCAGAGGCCAGAGCCCCAGGGACCACAACUACAGACUCUCCAGAGACCAGAGCCCCAGAGGCCACAGCUGCAGACUCCCCAGAUACCACAGCUGCAGACUCCUCAGAGGCCAGAGCCCCAAGGGCCACAGCUGCAGACUUCCCAGAGACCAGAGCCCCAGAGACCACAUCAGCAGGCUCCCCAGAGGCCAACGCAGCAGACAUCCCAGAGACCAGAGCCCCAGUGGCCACAGCUGCAGACUCCCCAGAGGCCAGAGCACCAGUGGCCACAGCUGCAGACUCCCCAGAGGCCAGAGCCCCAGUGGCCACAGCUGCAGACUCCCCAGAGGCCAGAGCCCCAGUGGCCACAGCUACAGAUUCCCCAUAGGCAUGAGCUCCAGUGGCCACAGCUGGAGACUCCUCAGAGGCCAGUGAUACAGAGGCCACAGCUGCAGACUCCACAGAGGCCAGAUCCCCAGAGGCCACAGCUACAGACUCCCCAGAGACCAGAGCUCCAGCGGCCACAGCAGCAGACUCCUCAGAGGCCAAUGAUCCAGGGGCCACAGCUGCAGACUCCACAGAGGCCAGAUCCCCAGUGGCCACAGCUGCAGACUCCCCAGAGGCCAGAACCCCAGAGGCCACAGCUACAGACUCCCCAAAGGCCAGAGCCCCAGUGGCCACAGCCCCAGACUCCCCAGAGACCACAGCAGCAGACUCCCCAGAGGCCAGUGAUCCAGAGGCCACAGCAGCAGACUCCCCAGAGACCAGAGCCCCAGUGGCCACUGUUGCAGACUCCACAGAGGCCAGAUCCCCAGUGGCCACAGCUUCAGACUCCCCAAAGGCCAGAAACCCAGGGGCCACAGCUGCAGACUCCCCAGAGGCCAGAACCCCAGAGGCCACAGCUACAGACUCCCCAGAGGCCAGAUCCCCAGAGGCCACAGCUACAGACUCCCCAGAGACCAGAGCUCCAGUGGCCACAGCAGCAGACUCCCCAGAGGCCAGAGCUCCAGUGGCCACAGCAGCAGACUCCCCAGAGGCCAGAGCUCCGGUGGCCACAGCAGCAGACUCCUCAGAGGCCAGUGAUCCAGGGGCCACAGCUACAGACUCCACAGAGGCCAGAGCCCCAGUGGCCACAGCUGCAGACUCCCCAGAGGUCAGAACCCCAGAGGCCAGCAGUAAACACAACUCCAGAUCAGAGAUGUCAAGUAAAGGUUCAGGAUACAGUGCAAUGUGGAACCCCAGAUAUUACUCCAUCUCAAUGUCAGGCUAUCGACUGCUGCUUCAAUGGACAGCAGUGUUACUAUGGAAAGGCAGUGACUGUGCAGUGUACCAGGGAUGGUCAGUUUGUGGUGGUGGUGGCCAGGGAUGCCACUUCGCCUAAAAUAGACAUCGAUUCCAUCAGUCUGUUGGGGGGGAAUGACAGCCCCUGCAGUCCUGUUGGCAUCACUUUAGCCUUUGCCAUAUACCAGUUCCCUGUCACUGCCUGUGGCACCACUCUAAAGGAAGAAAGUGGCUAUGUGGUUUAUGAGAACAGGAUGGCAUCUUCCUAUAACGUGGGGAUGGGACCUCGAGGCUCUAUCACCAGGGACAGCCAUUUUGAGCUGCUGUUCCAGUGUAAGUACUCUGCCACUGCAGUAGAGGCUCUGGUUAUUGAGGUGAACACUGUUCCUGCACCCGCUCCUGUUGCUGCUCUAGGACCCCUCAGAGUGGAACUCAGACUGGCCAAAGGAACAUGUGACACCAAGGGAUGUAAUGACGGGUCGAGAUCCUUCACAUUGUAUUACACUGAGGAAGAAUACCCUAUCACUAAAGUCUUGAGGCAGCCUGUGAACGUUGAGGUUCGCAUCCUGGAGAUGAAGGAUCCCAACCUGUUCCUGAUGCUGGAGCACUGCUGGACCACCUCUGCCCCCAGCCCUGUCAGCAUGCCCCAGUGGGAUCUCAUCAUUGAAGAUUGUUCCUUCCCGAAUGAUAAUUACCUGACCACCAUGGUCCCUGUGGAACGUUCCUCUGGCCUUCUGUACCCCAAUCACUACAAACGCUUUACCCUCGAGAUGUUCACCUUUGUGGAUCACACUCUGUCUCCCCAGAAAGAUCGGAUUUUCAUCCACUGUAGUACAUCUGUGUGUUACCCUACUCCAGGGGUCUCCUGUGAACCUAAAUGCAACAGGCAAAGGAGAGAUGUUGCUGCUGCUCAGAGGAAGACUAUACACACUGCUGUGGUCUCCAGUGGAGAAGUGGUCCUGGUUGACAAAAAGCCUGUCUGACCUUCAGACCACUAAUUCAACCAGCUACAGUUUGUAAUGGGGUAUGAAAGAGGUAUUGAAUAGCAUUUUUCUUGCAGAUACUUUCUUUGUUCUUGAUUUGGAAGAAACUUGUCUCUUAUAAACGUCCGUGUCCAGUUGCCGGUGGUACUCCGAAAAUCUAAGAAUAUUCAUAAAGAUAUUAAAUCCAGUUUUUGCACCAAGUGAGGAAUUGCCUCCCGAUUUUAGCUGCCAGACAUCUUGCAAUUCCCAACAUCUUUGCAGGAACUACUCGUUUCUAUGCGCCGUGGCCUCGGCUGACAGCAUGUCACAAAGUGCGACAAAGAUCUACACACGUGCAAGAGGCGUUUCUCAAUCUAUGCAAAGGUGGAUAUAUUAUUUUUCUGAAUAUUCUCUGGGUUUUUUAGUUCCACUAGACACAGAAGUGUGUUAACCUACUCCAGGGGUCUCCUGUGACACUCCAGGCAUUUCCUACAUACACUGGAACCUUUCAAACCAAUAACAAAGAAAGUAUCACCAAGUCAAGGUUCGUUGAAAAUAUCCCGAUUACAGCAUGACCUCAGACACAAACUUUAACUCUAUAUGGUUAUAAUACAACAUGGGCUCCUGAUUUUGCUAUGUGUUUAUUGUUUCUAAUAAACAGUUGUACCACAAAGUUGGCAAUUCAUAAAAAUGUCCUACUCUCUCGCCAUAAAAAUGUGCAUAUAGGACCUGUAAAUCUGGUCAGGUUUGUUAUGUGAAGGCAUUGUCUAAUUCUUGGAACACCUUGAUAGCAGUGGUCAAGGUUGUGUAGAACUAUCAUUCUCUGGGCCAAAACAGUCAGAAGUAGUUUUACUAUAUAAGGUCUGUAGAUCAACAUUGAAUUGCCUCAAUGACCACGUUUAUAUGCACACAGUAUUUUAUGUAGUAGCGCAUACCCCGCUUAAG